AUGGAGGUUAGCAUGAGCUUUUCACAUGACAUGGAUGAUGAAUAUGAGAAACUCAUCCGGAGAAUGAACCCACCGAGGGUUGUAAUUGAUAACAAAGCCUGCAAGAAUGCUACGGUGAUAAGGGUGGAUAGUGCAAACGAGUAUGGGAUACUUCUGGAAGUUGUACAAGUUCUAACUGAUCUUAACCUUAUCGUAACCAAAGCGUAUAUCUCUUCGGAUGGUGGCUGGUUCAUGGACGUUUUUAAUGUCACCGAUCAAGAUGGAAACAAGGUUACAGAUGAAGGGGUUCUGGAGUAUAUUCAAAAGUCUCUUGGUCCGGAGGCUUGCUUUGCAUCUUCCAUGAGAUCUGUUGGGGUUAAACAAUCAACGGACCAUACUGCAAUUGAGCUAACUGGAAGUGACAGACCGGGAUUACUCUCUGAAGUGAGUGCUGUCCUCACCAAUCUCAAAUGCAAUGUAGUGAGUGCGGAAGUCUGGACGCACAACACAAGGGCUGCGUCAGUGAUGCACGUUACCGAUGAGGAGACGGGGUUGGCAGUUACUGAUCCUCAGAGGUUAGCCAGGAUUAAGGAAUUAUUAUGCAAUGUGCUUAAGGGCAGUAACAAAACCAGGGGAGCUAGGACUGUUGUAUCUCACGCUGUUACACACACUGAAAGAAGGCUUCACCAAAUGAUGUUUGCAGAUAGGGAUUAUGAACGAGUUGAUGAUGGUCUCUUGGAUGACAACCAAAGACCAAAUGUGAAUGUUGUUAAUUGGCAGGACAAAGACUACUCGGUGGUGACUAUUCGGAGUAAAGAUAGGCCAAAGCUUCUCUUCGAUACAGUUUGCACUUUGACAGACAUGCAAUAUGUGGUUUUUCAUGCAAGUAUUGAUGCUGAGGGUCCAGAAGCUUAUCAGGAAUACUAUAUCAGGCAUAUAGAUGGAUCCCCUGUGAAAUCAGAUGCAGAGAGACAAAGAGUGAUACAAUGCCUUGAAGCAGCUAUUGAGAGAAGAGUAUCUGAGGGUUUGAAGUUAGAACUCUGCACUACUGACAGAGUUGGGCUGCUAUCUGAUGUCACUCGGAUCUUUCGAGAGAAUAGCCUUACUGUAACCCGAGCAGAAGUGGCAACCAAAGCAGGCAAAGCUGUUAAUACGUUCUAUGUUCGAGAUGCAUCAGGCUACCCUGUUGAUUCCAAGACCAUAGAGGCAAUCAGGGAAGUAAUUGGGCAGACCAUACUUAAAGUGAAAGGCAGCCCUGAAGACCCAAAACCAGGUUCUGAGGAAUCUCCAACCAGGUUCCUCUUUGGGGGUCUCUUCAAGUCCAGAUCUUUUGUCAAUUUUAAAUUGAUUAGGUCCUAUUCUUGA